AUCAACUCUUUUAUAAGAAAUUCCCUCUUGCCCCCACCAACAAGGAAGAGCAUUAUUGGAGAAGAAUAAUGGAGCAUGGGAAUUUCCUUCUAGUUUCCCAAAGCCCAAAGAGCCAUCUCAACCCUACUCUCCAUUUGGCCUCCACCCUCCUUUCCUUUGGCUCAAAAGUCACUCUUCUCCUCACCAACUCUGCCCUCAAAAACAUCUCAAAAGACCAACUCCCUUAUGGCUUGUCUCUCUCCACUUUCUCCGAUGGCUUUGAUGAUGGUUUUACCUUCUCUGACUUCCCACGCUGGUGUUUCGAGUUCGAGCGCCUUGGUCGCCUUGCCCUCGUCAACCUCCUCUCCUCCUCCUUACAACAAGGCCUCCUUCCCUUCACUUGCAUUGUCCACACCCUCCUCAUCCCUUGGGUCGCUCGAGUCGCACGUGAGCUUCAUGUGCCGACCGCGGUUUUAUGGAUUCAAUCGGCCGCUGCCUUCGAUGUGUAUUACUAUUACUUCAAUGGCUAUAGUGAUGUGAUUUGGAAUGGUUAUAAAGAUGAGGGCUCUAACUCUUUGUUAUUUAACAUUUGGCUUCCGGGUUUGCCUUUGAUGAAUGUUUUGGACCUCCCAAGCUUUAUGGUUUCUGAUGAUUAUCAUGGGCUUAUUCUCAAGUCAUUUCAAGAGAAGAUGCAAGUUCUUGAGGAGGAGGAGAAUGUCUCAAUCCUUGUUAACUCGUUCGAUGCGUUGGAACAUGAUGCCUUGAGCGCAAUCGGGAAAUUUAACUUGAUCCCAGUUGGACCUUUGGUUUCACUCCCACUUGAAUUUGAAGUUUCAACCAAACAACGAAGCACUUCAUAUUUUCAAGAUGGCCAACAGGCUCAAGCGGAUUAUAUCAAAUGGCUCAACUCCAAACCUGAUUCAUCAGUGGUCUACAUAGCAUUUGGGAGCAUUUCAAAGUUGUCAAAUAAACAAACAAAAGAGAUCGUUGGUGCAUUAUUAGAAUGCAGUUACCCAUUCUUGUGGGCCCUUCGCAUGGAUGACAUCCAAGAUGAGAAUUUAAGCUCAUAUUUUGAUGAUGAACUACAAGCUCAAGGGAAGAUAGUGCCAUGGUGCUCACAGGUAGAGGUCUUGAGCCAUCACUCCGUGGGUUGCUUUGUAACGCACUGCGGAUGGAACUCGACGAUCGAGAGCGUGGCGGCUGGAGUGCCGAUGGUGGCAUGGCCGUUGUGGGCAGACCAAGCCACCAAUGCCAAGAUGAUGGAGGAUGUAUGGGAGAUUGGUGUGAGAGUGAAGAAGAGUAGUGAUGGUGAAGGAGUGGUUGAAGGGAAGGAGAUUGCAAGGUGCUUGAGAACGGUUAUGGAUAUGGAAGAUUAUGGCAAAGGAAGAGGAAAGCAACUGAGAAUCAAUGCUAGGAAGUGGCAGAGCUUAGCAAUGGAGGCUGCAAAUGGUUCUUCUUAUAUGAAUCUUAAGGCUUUUGUAAAUAAACUUAGUGAUCAAGCAAACUGAUUGGUGAAUGAUCAGCUUCUUUAUGGUACUAUGUAACAAACAUUAGGAUUAAAGCAUAUAAUUAUAAAUAAUAUUAGCAAGACAAUAGUAAUACCUGUAUCUCAGGUGGUAUUACUAUUGAGAAGACAAAUGUCUACCCAAGUAAGCAAAUCCAAGUAGGAAAAAAAUUCACUAAUAAGGCAUACAACAAUGGAUCAAUUCAUUCAACAAGAUCCAUUUUUAUUAGAUUUGGAUGAAUUAGAUUGGUCUGACCUCUUGCUCGAAU